CCAUCAGCCAGGGAGAUGCAGCGAGCAAAGCUACAUCAGACUUCGCUUCGACAGCUUCACCUGCCGUGUUCUACUGAUACCUCCUCGGCCUCACCCACCCUGCAGGAAGAGAUGAAGGAGACAGAUGGCAGCCUCCUGGGCGACCCCAGCCAGACCCCUCUGGGCAAGAAGGAGACCACCAAGUGGCAGAAGCCUCGGCUGACCCGAAAGGCCCUGAUGAAGUGCUGUUUGGUGAGGUGGAUCCUGUCCAGUGCUGCCCCACAGGGGUCAGGUUCCUCUGACCUCCCGUUGGGCUAA